ACAAUUUCUUUCGGUUCCCGCAAGAAGCCAGCACUGAUCUCCAAGUUACAUCGUACCAGCUACUAAAACAAAAUGAAAGUUCUCCUAGUCGUUCUCCUAGCGACCGCUGUAGCUUCGCAACUGAUUGCGCCAUUGAUAACAGUUGAUGAGCCAAUCCCCGGGCGUUAUAUCGUCAAACUCAAGGAAGGACGGAAGUUGGAUGAUGUCGCUUUUAAACUAGAUGGCGCCAAAAUUCUACGCACGUACAAAAAUGUGUUCAGUGGAUUCGCCGCCGAUCUCAGCGAUCGUCUGGUUGAACGACUCCGUAAAUCUGAUGCCGUUGAAUACAUCCAAGAAGACGGAAUGGCAUACGCCAGCGCAGUCGCAUCAUGGGGGCUCGAUCGCAUCGACCAGAUCAAUCUCCCACUCGACGAUACCUACAACCAAGUGCUCGGAGACGGUGAGGGGGUAAGCGUGUAUGUCCUCGAUACCGGAAUCAAUCUCAACCACCAGGACUGGGUAGGACGAUCUUCAUAUGGCAUAGAUACACACGGAGGAACUGGUGAGGAUUGCAAUGGUCACGGAUCUCACUGCGCAGGUACAAUCGGUGGAACCCAGUACGGUGUCGCUAAGGCGGCAAAACUCAUCGGAGUUCGUGUACUCUCAUGUGCAGGAUCAGGCGCUUAUUCCCAGAUAAUCGAUGGUUGUGAUUGGGUAGUUGCGAAUGCCGUUCUGCCAGCUGUAGCUUCAAUGUCGCUUGGUGGUGGUGCUAACCAAGCAACCGAUGAUGCCAUCCAGCGAAUGAUUGAUGCUGGUAUCACUGUGGUUGUCGCAGCGGGGAAUGAUAACGGGAAUGCCUGCAACUCCUCACCAGCUAGAUCUGAACCCGCAAUCACUGUCGGAGCAACAGAUAGUACAGACACUAGGGCUUCCUUCUCUAACUACGGUACCUGUGUUGAUAUUUUUGCACCCGGCGUGUCUAUUACAUCAGCUUGGUAUGGCGAACCAGAUGCUACUAACACCAUCAGUGGUACCUCUAUGGCUUGCCCACAUGUAGCAGGUGCUUCGGCUGUCAUACUUGCUAACGAACCCAGUCUCACCCCGAAUGAGGUGAAAGAAACCCUUCAACUUAAAUCUAUCGUUGAUGCUGUACAAGAUCCACGGUCCGGAUCACCCAACCUACUGCUCUACAUAGGGGAAGGAUCAGGAGGGGGAUUCAUCCCUACACCACCACCACCAACACCGCCACCACCAGGCUGUGGUGGGCUAUUCGACUCACCGUCGGGAACGUUCACCAGUCCAUAUUACCCAGGUAGCUACGAUAACAGUAUGAACUGCGAGUACCUUAUUACGACCACGGAUGAAAAGCAAGUAGUGUACGUGUCCUUUGAAUUCUUCGAUCUCGAGUCCGCAACCAACUGUAUCUUCGAUUCGCUCAAGGUAUAUGAUGGAACAAGCACGAGCGAUCCUUUACUAGCGACUUUGUGUGGUGACACCAUUCCUGAUAGCUUGAUGAGCACUGGCAUGAGCUUGUUCCUCGUGUUCAAAACUGAUGGCAGUAUUAUUGGGCCGGGCUUUUCUGCAUCCUACCAAGCUUUGGAGAGCGGAGAUUGUGGUCACACCUUCACUGCGAUGAAUGGAAUCCUGUCUUCACCUAACUAUCCUAGUAACUAUGGCAACAAUGAGGACUGUGGUUUCCUCAUCCAGGGUGGAUCAGGACAGGUUGUCUCAUUGACCUUUGGAGACUUUGAGCUCGAGCAACACACUGGCUGUGAUUAUGACUCGGUCGAUAUCCAUGACGGUGACAUGACUGCUCCCAGCCUGGCCAAGCUUUGUGGAACCGCUCUCCCAGAUGUGGUGACCUCAACUGGGAGUUCUAUGUACGUCAGGCUUACUAGUGAUAGCUCUGUUACUCGCAAAGGAUUCACAGCAACCUAUCUUAUCCACGAUUCAGUUACUGCCUAGGUUACAUACCUGCAACGUAUACCAAGAGAGAAUAUAUAUACUAUUUCUUUUUGUUGGGGGGGGGGGGGGGCUGGGAUGCGCCAGAUAACGCAAGCAUGAAAUGCAUUGUAAUGGGCCAGUUCACGGUUAGCACAUGUCCCAAAUGACCCGGAAUAUCCACAGAUCUUCAAAACAUGAAGAGAUACCACUUUGUACAUUUGAAAUAGUCACUCCUACAACGAUUGAGGUGCUUAAUAAAUAUCCCUUGUUUCCCCCUUUUCAAAGGAAAUUUCCACCAGUGUAUCAUGGAAUGGACUGUUUGUGCAUUUAUAAAUGAAUAAUGAUUACAUAACUUUCAUGAGCACGUAUUCAGUAUUUUGCCCCCGUGUAUUUCACAAUUUGGUCUGCAAUGUCCUUUAUCUACUUAUGCUCAGACUAUAAGUAAGUUUUGACCAAUAAAUAACGAAUAAUUCAGUCUGUUCAA